AUGAAAAAAAUUGGAUCACAUUUUGGAUUUGGUGAUGACAUAAAAAUGAGCAACCACUCAUCUAUAGGUCCUCCUAUGAGUGCCAUUGAUAGAUUCUUAUGUGGUCAACGCAACCAUCUUCCUCAAAACAUUGUUGAUGGAAAUUGUUGUAGCUUUGGUGCUUCAACCUAUAGUUAUAUGUGGCCUAAUAAUAAUAAUAUCAUGACUCAAGAAGCUAGCUUUGUUGAUCGUCUAUUGGGAGAGGAAGAGGUGAUGAAAUGGACACAACAAAUUCCUUCAUUGUCUGUGGAGAAAGAAGAUGUGAUCAAUGGAUUAUUAGGAAAAGGUACAUCAAAAGUGGUGGGAAAAAGACCUAAGAAAGUUUCUUCUCUUUCUUUGAUCAAAGGACAGUGGAGUGAUCAAGAAGACAGAAAAUUAUUGAAGUUGGUGAAGCAAUAUGGCGUAAGAAAAUGGUCUCAAAUAGCUGAGAAGUUGGAAGGAAGAGCUGGAAAACAGUGUAGGGAGAGAUGGCAAAAUCAUCUUAGGCCUGAUAUUAAAAAAGAUAGUUGGAGUGAAGAAGAAGAGAAGAUACUAGUAGAAUGUCAUGGCAAGAUGGGAAACCGUUGGGCCGAGAUAGCGAAGAAAAUUCCCGGUCGAACCGAGAAUGCAAUCAAGAAUCAUUGGAAUGCAACUAGACGAAGACAAAACUCAAAGAGAAAGAACAAAAGGCCACAAACCAAAGAUGGUAAACCACAAUCUUCAAUUCUUCAAGACUAUAUCAAAACCUUGAUUCAAAAACCAUCCACAGCCACUACUACUACUAUUACUACUUCCGCGUCAGCGAUCUCUGACGACCCUUCUGCAGACCAAUCUCACCUUAUUUUUUCUAACAUGCUUCAUGAAAAUUCAUCUUCACCGCUUAUAGCUGAAUCUUACGACGAUGAACUUCUCUUCAUGCAACAGCUUUUCAAGGUGAAUAAUAAUGUUGAACCUGUAUUUAGCCAAUACUAUAAGAACCAAUCUACCAAAAAUCAGAUUCUCUCUGAUGUUCAACCUAACAACAUGUAUCCUUACCUUUCUCCAAUGCUGAAUGGAAUUCAAAACGAUAAUCUUUCAGAUGGGAUGUUGGAGUUGGUUUCUUCUGCUCAGUUUUUCUAA